AUGGAGGUUAGUACUACACCGGUGAUGGAUCGAUUAACUCAUUCGGUUAUUAAAGAAACAUCAAAAAAUUUAAAGUAUUAUUUUGAUGUUAAACGAAGAGAAAAUGCUUUUAUUUUAAAUACAAAUAGUCAAUAUGAUUAUCUACCAUUAAGAGCUCGAUCAAUAUACGGAACUAUCAAACAAUAUCCACCAGUUUAUGGAUCAUGCUAUAGUGACAAUGAUGUUAAAUCACAUUUAAGGAUGUGGAAAUCGCAACGUUUACCAUUAAAAAAUGUACCGGAAAAGAAAAUGUGUCGAGAAGAGCUUAAUUUUCAUAUGAAAGCCUACAAUUUUAUGCCAUCUGAAAGUCCAAGAGUGCCUGAUCUUCGUUUAAAACCAUUGCGCUCCACCUCAUCCUGUAGUUUAAAUUCUAGUUAUAUGAAUAAUCGAGAUAUUAUGCGUAUGCUACCGAACACUGGCUCCAAACUGACUCGUCUUGAACAAGAUCAAUUACUUGAUGAUGCAGCAAAUAUAUUAGCAGUAAACUUAGAUAUUUUCCCUACAAUGGUAAAGAGUCGCCGAUCAUUUUAUGAAUCAUCGUUAUUGCAUAAGGUUAGUCCUGCUAUCACUCAAACAAAUUUGAAUGAUACUCCAAGACACCACAAAAUAAUGUUAUAUGGUACAAAUGGUACAAGUGGAUUUAUCGAACUUUCACAAUCCGAAUCUCAUAGAGUACCAUUUCUUAAAGGACAAAUCAAUAUUUUUUCUGUAAAAACGUAUUAUGUUGGUGAUUUAGUUGGUAUAACUAUUGGACAUGAUCGAACAGAUAUGAUACAUCGUACAGAUGAACUUGAAGAUGGUGAAAAUACUGUGGUUUCAAAGUCGUCUACCAUGCUGACUCAAACUGGUUUAUUAGGAGUUAUUGAGAAAACACAUCGUCGUUUGACAAUCACGGCAGAUGAUGUACUACAAACAGACAAUAAUAAACAAAUAGCUACAACAAAUGUCGAGACAAAUCCAGAGUAUAAUAAUACGUUAGAAUCACAAUUUAGAAUAGAUAUUCAGCAACGAUCACCAUCUGUGUCUGCCCAGAGUACAUCAUCAGUAUCGGAAAUGACCGCAACUCCUAUACAAUCAACAACUGAACCAAUACCAUUCGAUAUUCAAUUGAAUCCAAAUAUAAUGUUGUCAAAACGACGUUCAAUUGAAACUAUUCCUGUUACACCAACGUUACCAACUCGUCCACCAGCACGUCUCGAAAAACGUACAAGUUCAACUAGUUUAACAUCAAAAACACCUAGUGAAAUAAAACAACAAAGUCGUUUAUCAAAUUCGGAAAACAAACCUACAACAAAUAAAAAUGAAGAUGAUAUAUUUAAAUAUUUUGAUUAA